GUCACGGGCAAACAGGAAACUCGGUUGUCUGCUCUUGCUCAUGAGCCACAUCCGUGUAUUAAAUACAACACAAACGAAAGCUUUUUAAACAUUUUAAAAUAAGAAUUUGUUUUUCCUGUGAACGUAUGUGCUAUAUAUAUAUAUAUAGACCGAAGGGGGCAGUAGCGCGCCAAAUUUACGCGUCUAGGCUGUCAUCAAAGAAGAAGAAGAAACCAAGCAGCUGAGGAUUAUUACAUGAAGUUAUGACAGCUCUUUCUGCUCUGGGUGGUUUGUCGUGUUUGUUUGUCGCGGUUUUAUCGGGACUUUCCUCCUCUGUGGACAAUCAUAUCGUGAGUCUGGACGGUAAAUGGAGUCUGUCAAACUCCAACGGUUCACUGUCGCUGUCGGCGGAGGUUCCCGGAUGUGUCCACUCAGCUCUGUUCAAACAGGGAUUCAUACAGGACCCAUAUUUUAGGUUCAAUGAUUUGUCGUAUCGAUGGAUUGCUUUUGAUAACUGGACGUACACGACCACGUUCAGUGUGAUGCAUCCACUGAGAACCAAACAGAAGGUCGUCCUGGUCUUCGAUGGCGUGGACACCGUCGCGUCCAUUUGGCUGAACGGAGUGAUCGUGGGACGCACAGACAACAUGUUCCGCAGAUACGACUUCACGGUCAGAGACUCGCUGAAGGACGGAGACAAUGUGCUGAGAGUUUGUCUCCAGUCUGCGGUUGUUUACGCUUCAGAAAGAAGUAAAGUUCACUCUGCCUACAGAGUUCCUCCUGAAUGUCCUCCAGACGUUCAGAAGGGACUUUGUCAUGUCAAUUUCAUCAGGAAAGAGCAGAGUUCUUUCAGUUGGGACUGGGGGCCUGCGUUUCCCACCAUGGGUCUGUGGAAAAGUGUUCGAGUGGAGGCAUUUGACGUCGUGCAGCUCCUCCAGGUUUCCUCUGUUCCUCUGUACAAUCCCAGCCUCUCUGAGUGGAGACUCCAGGUGGAUCUGGUCAUUGAUGCAGUUCAGACGACCCGUGUCCAGAUCAGCGUCUCCGUCCCUGAGCUGGACUCAGAGCAGGACGUCCACACACAGUUUCUCUGUGGACAGACCACACACACCGUUGUGUUACACAUCAACAAGAGCAGUGAGGUGAAGCUGUGGUGGCCUCACACACACGGGCAGCAGCCUUUUUAUCAGCUCAGUGUCUCAGUCUCACAGGACAAACUUCUCAUCCUGAACUCAAGGUCAAAGGUCUUUUUCCGUACCGUGGAGCUCGUCCAGGAGCCUGUCGUCCACUCUCCAGGCCUGAGCUUUUAUUUCCGCAUCAAUGGGAAACCAAUUUUCCUCAAGGGCUCCAACUGGAUCCCAGCUCAUGCCUUCCAGGACCAGAUCUCUCCUGCUGUUUUGAGGAACUUGUUGCAGUCGGCAGUCGACGCUAACAUGAACGCCCUCAGGGUCUGGGGAGGCGGAGUUUAUGAGCAGGAUCUUUUCUACAGCAUCUGUGAUGAAGUGGGAAUCAUGGUCUGGCAGGACAUGAUGUUUGCGUGUGCCAUGUAUUCCACUGACGACGACUUCAUUCACACAGUGAGAGAGGAGGUCGUCCAGCAGGUAAAGCGGCUCAAGUCUCAUCCUUCUAUAAUAAUCUGGAGUGGAAACAAUGAAAAUGAAGCUGCGCUGGCAACAAACUGGUUUGACAUUCCAGCCGCUGAGAAGCCGCUGUACGUCAAAGACUAUGUGACGCUGUACGUGGACAACAUCAGGGAGGUCGUGCGAGCGGAAGACCAGAGUCGUCCCUUUAUUGUCUCUAGUCCAACAAACGGUGUAGAAUCAGAGCAGGAGGGAUGGCUUUCAGAGAAUCCUUACGAUCCUCACUACGGUGACACUCAUUUCUACAACUACGUCUCUGACUGCUGGGACUGGCGCACGUUUCCCCGCACACGCUUGGCCUCAGAAUACGGGUUCCAGUCCUGGCCUUCCUUCUCCACCCUGCAGCCGGUUUCCACAGAAGAAGACUGGAGCUACAGCAGCCACUUUGUUUCCCAUCGUCAGCAUCAUGAGAGUGGGAACCAGCAGAUGUUAGAGCAGGCAGCUUUACACUUUAACCUGCCCAACUCCACCGACCCGCUCACAGCAUUCACACACACUCUCUACAUCACACAGGUCAUGCAGGCUCAGUGUGUGAAGACUCAGACCGAGUUUUAUCGCCGCAGUCGGACCGAGAUCAUAGAGGGCAAAGGUCACACUAUGGGCGCUCUUUACUGGCAGCUCAAUGAUAUUUGGCAGGCGCCCUCCUGGUCAUCCAUCGAGUUCGGUGGGAAGUGGAAAAUGCUUCAUUAUUUUGCACAGAAGUUCUUCGCCGCCGUGCUUCCUGUUGCCUUUGAAGAUGCAGACACACUGUUGAUCUACGCCGUCUCAGACCUGAGUCACGACCUGAAGCUCAGCGCUGUGGUGAGCGUUUACUCCUGGACUCGUCUCCAGCCCGUGUGCACGCUGAAGUCUGAAACGCUCCUGGUCCCUGGAGGCAGCGCAGUGGCCAUUUUUAAACAGCCAGUCGCCGCCCUGCUGGCAGGAUGUGGGCACUGCACCCGCUUCACCUGCGUGCUAACGUUCCACCUGGAGGACAGCAGCAGUGGUGCGCAGCAGGGUCCGACCAACCACCACUUCCUGUCCUCCCCCAAAGACGCCGAGGGCCUUCAGAGACCCAACAUCACAGUCAAAGUGCAGCAGAACGCCGCCGGCAUCAGCGUCACCCUCCUCUCUGCCUGCGUGGCUCCAUUUGUUUGGCUCGAUGUGGGAAAAGUCCCCGGACGUUUCAGCUCUAACGGUUUCCUCAUGGUUUCCACAAACGUGACGGUCACUUUUGACGCGUGGCGUCCGACCAGCGCGGAGGAACUGUCGGCGUCGCUGACCGUCACGUCUUUAACUGACGUGUACUGAGCUCCACACACACACACACGUGAGUCUCUGUUUCCUGCCAUCCUGUCAUCAUCACUUUAAUGUUUAAUCUUUACUUUGAUGGUUGUGAGCGUUUGAAGAACAGCUGAUGGUUUUAGUGGAACACAGAUACUAACACUAAUAAUACUAAUAAUAAUAGUAAUAAAAUAUAAGAUAUUACUUUAUUAUAUUUGCAGAGAGGAACAUGUUUGAUGUGAAAUGUAUUUAUAUUUAUUUUUUUACAAUCAGAAAUGUCUAAUUUAGUUUUUUUAGGUUCAUCCUUAUAUAUCAUUUUCUGUACUUUUGUUAAUCCCCCAAUUCCCAAACACUGGGUCGGGACCCACAGAUGGAUCACAGGAGAUUUUUUUUGGGUCCCCUAAAAAAAUUGCGUAAUUUUUUCAACCUUUAUUUAUGAUUUAUGAUUUUUAUUUACCAACAUCAAUUGAAAAUGAUCAAUUCUUCUUCUUCUUCCAUGAAGUCCUGGCAGACUGACAGUAAGAGGGGCAAUGCUGCCCUCUACAGUUCAAAGAUUUAUCUUGAUAUUAGGAUUUGUGUCACGAUAGUUUGCAGAAAGUUUAGAAAACACAAUUUCUAUUUUAAUCACCGUUUUGCUAAAGAAGGCAAAUUUAUUUAUAAAUCACAUUUCAACAACAACAUUUUCCAAAAGAAAGACAAACUAACAACAGUUUAUUGAUGAGCUUUAUUUAUCUUUAAAUUGUUGAGGCUUAAACAACUCAGUGGCUCAUUGUCUUAUCUCAUUGAUUCUUGUGAUCUGGGCAGUUCAGUCCAUCACACACACACACACACACACACACACACACACACACACACCUACGGUCAAUUUAGAGAGAGACCAAUUGACCUAAUCCUCAAAUCUGCAUGUUUUUGGGCUGUGGGAAGAUCCUGGAGAAAACCCACGCACACAUGGGGAGAUCAUGUGACCUCCAUGCAGAUCAGAAAGACUGAUCUGCCGGGGCUCGAACGCGGGUCUUCUUGCUGCAAAACAAGAGUGCUAACCACUACACCACCAUGUGGCCUUGAGGGAAAAAUAAAAGUGUUAGUUUGACUGAUGAGCGAUCACUUACAGUAAAUCUACAGUCGUCCAUCGUUUUUCAGACAUGGAGUAAAAAUGUUUUUUUUCUAAUUUAAGAAUGUGAACAAACAGAUGAGUUGAGAUUGAUUAAUAAAUGGAUGAAUUGUUGCAGCCUUGCUUCUAUAAUAUGACUUCAACUAACAUUUCAUUAACACUAUCUCAUUGGAAUGUGCUGCUUUUUGAUGAUGCACUGACUUUGUUCAUCUGAGACUUUAAUCAUUAACAGAUCAACAGUUGAUCUUUAUUUCAUCAGGCAAUUCCGUCCACUGAGCGUCUUCUGCAGGACGUCCAGAACAAACCCCGGUUAUUGAUGUUAUAUCAAUAAAAUGAAACCUAAAGUGUGA